AUGACGACUUUCUUCACGAUGCUCCCUUCACUCGGCAUGGCGCCUGGCGACCUCCUCAUCGAAAUCGCCCUUUUCUUGGAGACCCGGAUGGAUAUUCUCAACUUCUGCCUAACAUCGAACCAUGUCUUCUCCAAUGUCUCCUCAGUUCUAUACGAGACAGUUGUCUUAGAAUCCGUCGAGCAAUGCAAGGGCACCCUCGGAAUGCUCUCCAGGCGUGCCGACAUUGCACGUCACGUUCGGAAACUAAUCAUUCGACCGCAGAAGAGGCAUAAAUCCUCGUUUACCACCGCCGACAACGCGGUUGCCUCGUCCGCGGUGCGCAAGAUUGCCUCCGCCAUGUGCUUGGACGCCCUCGUCAGGUUUCAGUGGGAUGCGGAUGAGAUGCCAUAUCAUGAAGAUAUGUGGUUCGCCUUGCGGAUGGGAUGCCCACAGCUACGGCACAUUGGCACUUCCAUUGGAACGAACAUCCCGAGUUUAAGCAGCGAUCUCUUCGACUUUCAAGAUCUCAGAGGCUUUGGAUUGAACUUGACUCCUGGGUUUUACGAGGCUCACAUGGACAUGUUCUUGGAUGAGGAUUUCCCCAUCCUCAAGAAACUAUGGAACAUGCUCUUACAUCGGUCGCCGAACCUCGAAGAGCUCGCCAUCGAAGGCUACUCCUCCGUUCCUGCCGACAUCCACUUUCUCGUCGAGGGUCGUUGGCCCAAGCUUCGAAGACUCGUCCUGGGUGACGUGUGCAUGGACUGGUUCCCGCGCUCACUCAACCCAGGCGAGAAGCGGCCCUUCGUAGCCUUUCUAGAGGCCCAUCCUGGCUUGGAAUCCCUGAGUUUAUCGAGACACACGAUCCAGCCCAUCCACCUCGCUUCACUCGAUCCCGAUGCCCUCACCAAUAUCUCAUCAUUCUCUGGCACGCAUCAGCAGCUUCAGGCCUUGCCGCACCUCCACCGUAUUGUCAAAUCGGUUACCUUCCGCGACCCAGUUGAGACAAGGGAGGUGUCAGCGCCGACGGUAGCAAGCCUAUUGCGCGAGUUGACGGGUCUGACGAGCUUGAAGAUCUCGUUUACGCUCCACUCGAUGUACGACAGCGGAAACCUCCUCCGUUCGCUGAUGCAGUCGUGUCCGAUGCUACGUCACCUCGAACUGACCUGCGCGCACAAACCGUCUUUCCAACUCGACGCAUUCGCAAAGACCGUUCGCGGCUUCCCCAAACUGCGCAGCCUGCACCUCACCAUCGUCAAAUAUCCAGGCGACGAGCCGCUCUCAGCUGGGGCGAUCCGUAUAGCACAGAGCAACCCGCGCUUGCAGACCUUCCGCCUGACCUUCAUCCCGCCCGUCUACCCCGUGCCGCUUCCCUUCGCUAUCCCGUACUCCUACCGCCCGUUCCCGUUCUCUUUCCCCGCCCGCGCGAGCGGCGCGUUUGAGGUCACCUGCGACACGCACGGGCUCCCGCUCUCCCUCGCCGCCCGAGAAACUACACACUUCGUCUGGCCCUGGGGCCUCGGGGUGACUUGCAGCACGAAGCGGUAUACGAAGGACCUGCGUCCGCUGAGCUACCCCGGGCGGAGGAAGGCCGGCUUGGCGGGCUUGGUGUGCCUGGUAUUCGAGAAGUCGAGUGCCGGCGAGGAGAUGCGAAUGAUCCUGUUUUGUGCGUUCUUGGCCCUGCUCGCGGCGUGUGGGAUCUCGGCGAAUGGGAGUGGUGCGAGGCGUACUGCUGUUGGUGCAGCUGCCACUUCGAUACCCCGGGUUGGGGCGUCGGCGCUGGGCGUGGGCUGCUGA